CUCUUCACGUACUCUACAAAAAAACUCAGUCUUCCUACAGUUUUCCACAGACACACAGAAUGAGCGACCCGACUGCUGAAUUUCUUGCUCGCGAGCAGGCCGAAUUUGACUCGUUCGAUGCUCCUGCCCCGGCCUCUGGCGACGUCCCUGCCGCUGACUUUGGCACCGACGAGGGCUUUGCUGCCUUCGACAACGGCGACGCCACCGCCGCUGCCCUGAGCGCCGUCAAUGCCGCGUCGCAGGAGGCUUGGAGCAGCGACGCUGCCUUUGGCGAUUCGUCCUCCUCGGCGUUCGGAGCACCCGCCGAGACUGAGCAGCAACAGCAGCAGCAGCAGACCAGCGAGCCCCACAGCAACGAUCGCUAUGCCGCGGUCGGCGCCGUCGAUGCCGCCAUGGGCGAAGGCGAGGCCAUCCGUGCUUGGCGCGCCGAGCGAGAACAGCGCCUGAGCGAGAAGGAUGCCCAAGAGAAGGCAGCCAAGGACUCGCUUUUGGCAAAGGGUAAGAAGGAUCUCCAAGAUUGGCAGACUCGCUACGACGAGCAGCUUGUCAAGAGCAAAAAGAACAACCGUGAGGCCGAGGCCGUCUUCAUCCGAGAGCGCGAUGAGGCUGGCUCUGGCAACGAGUGGGAGCGUGUGAGCAAGCUCGUCGAUUUCAACCCCAAGAGCGCCAAGGGCACCAAGGACACGGCGCGCAUGCGUACCAUCUUCCUGCAGCUCAAGCAGUCUCCUCUUGUUCGCUAACUUUGCCCCCCUCCCCUCUCAACGAUUUGUUUUUGACCGUGUGUAGCCAACCCCCCCUUUUCUUGUCAAACAAACAAGUCUUCCGAAUCACCACCACCA